AUGGCGGCGCUUCUGCCCGCCGGCCGAGAUAGACUCGCGAUCCUGGGGCUCGGGGUUGCAACCUGCGCGAUUAUCGGAGUAAUGCGACGGAUGCUGAUUCAUUACCGCGAAGCUGCCGCUAUACGUCCGUCUGAGAACAAGCCUCAAUACAUAACGCAAGAUGUGGAGGACUCUCUGAAGCUCACAACCUUGAGCAAAUUACUGGACAGCCCGAGCUACUGUAUCCAAGAAACCACCUCAAUCAUUGUCUGCGAACGAGCGCUUCAUGACCAAAACGCUGUUAACGCGCUGCUUUGGUAUAUUACUCGGCCAGAGCAUGAAUUAAGAGAGAAGGGCAUCAGAGCCUUGACGAUAAUGAUGAACCAUUCAACCGUCGCAAUGAUCAACAAACCCGAAGCUUGGGUAGCUCUAGUCAAGUCGCUAGAGUACUCAAUCACGGACUAUCCACACAAUACCUAUGACCCGGAGUGGGAUAACUGGUACCUGCGGGAUGUUGCUGAGCAAGGCUGUCUGUUGAUCCUCCUUCAACUCGUGGAAAACUUCGGGCCUGGAGGCCUGGUUAAAUCACGCUUUGUCGAGCGCUGGCUUGCCAAAGAGCCUUGGGCAGAUCACGAGUCAGACCGCAUGAUGUGUUUUACAAACUCAUUGCAUGGUAAUCAACGUCUGCAUGAGCUCUCGAAACAAUUGUUUCAAGACCAUGCUGGAUUGAAGCAGUUGGUCAGUGCUGGACUAUUACCCCGGGCAAUCUUGAAGGCUCCGAACCUCACUACGGACGUUCGCAUGAUCAAUGGAGAGGGUACAGCAGGGGAGGAUUCCAAUGGGAUGUCUGUGGACAAUAGGCGACGGCGAGAUCAGAACUCCGAGGAGGAUCAUAUCCGGAGGAGGCAUCGGGAGGCAAUGGUCUUGAACGAUGGAACCAGGCCACUAGAGAGAGGUGACAUUAUUCAGCGAGAGAGAUGA